CAAGAGGCGCCGCGACGCUUCGGGACGAUUUUAGACCAGAGCCCUCAGCGUGCAGGCCUCCUACCAGCAGAUUUAGAGGUGCAGGGUGCGCAGUGGCUCCGGACUCGAGCAAAAAAAAACUGGUUUACUGGUUCGUUCGCCGGGCGGUGUCCGAAGUGAUGUCAAAUCGAGGAAGGAUCAGGAACCGAAUCACCUGAAGAGAUGACGUUAACCGAUAGUGCUACGAAGCCCAGUAAACCACGAUGGGAGGACGAAGAAAAGGAACUGGAAGCAAACGUCAGAGCUGGUUCGGAUCUGUUACUGGAAUUCAAAUUAGGAGCCUUUGAUAACGAUGACCAUCUACAAUUUGAAUUGUUGCGAGGAGAUCAACCCAUGCCAUCGGAUAGAUAUCGCAUUCACGCAAGAAGCAGCGUAGUUCAGUUGACAUUGAAAGAAUCAAGAAAAGAUGACGCAGGUCAGUACGCUCUGGUGGCGAAAAACAUAUCCGGAAGUUCCUCAAGAAGGAUUCACCUGAGCGUCGAUGAGGUCAGCGCCGAGGACGGCGACCCGCCGAUCUUCAUCAGGAGGCUGAGCGAUCUUGCCGUAAAAGUUGGAACCAGAACCAGAUUCCUCGUGGAGAUUCGCAGUUCCACGAAUUUGAAGGUCACUUGGCACAGGAACGAUGAACUGGUACAGGAAGGAUCAAGGUUCUCGUUCGUCCACGAAGGAAACUUUUAUUGCGUCGACGUGGCACCCGUGAUGGUCGACGACGAAGGACACUGGACCUGCAUGGCAGAAAAUCGUGGGGGCCGUUCGUCCUGCACCUCUCACCUCAACGUAAUCGUCCCAAAGGCGUACAAGAAGCCGGAAUUCGUCGAGGAACUUCGGGCACUUCUCACGGAAAUGGGUACCGUCUCAUUGGAGUGUAAAGUAGUUGGUGUACCAACUCCAGUUUUGAGAUGGUUCAAGGACAACAAAGAGAUCAAAGCUGGAGACGUCUUCGCCCUUACGGCAAAUCCAGAUGAUCCAACUUCCUUGGGCACUUACACCUGCGAAGCAGUCAAUUGCAUGGGUACAACUUAUUCUUCAUCCAAGGUCCACGUGGUCGGUAAAGGUAGCAGGGAAGGGUCAAUGAAGCCUGCUGAUACUUUGACACCCUCGGGACCCAUGCCUGUUUUCAAGCAGAUCCUCAAGGAUGAGUGCUGCAGGAUUGGGGAAUCGAUUACUUUGUCUUGUCAAGUUCAAGUGCCGCCAUGGCCCAAAGCCAUAAACUGGUAUAACAAAGAAGGUCGCGUCGAGGCCAACGAGAGGUACCACGUGAUGGAGGAUGGCCUGGGAGGAUACUCCAUUGAAAUAAAAUCGGUCGAAUUCAUGGACGAGGGCGAAUGGAAAUGCGUCGCAACCAGUUCAGAAAAUAUGAAACAGUUCACGACCUGCUUUGUCGCGAUGUCCAUUCCAAAGAACUACAGGAAACCUCGUUUUAUGGAAAGUCUCAAAGCCGUCCUGACCGAGGAAGGACUGGUGUCCUUUGAGUGCAAGGUCGUCGGCUUCCCUACGCCAUUGUUGAGAUGGUUCAAGGACGGUCAGGAACUUAAGCCAGGAGAUGUUUAUCAGCUGACUGGAACCAAUUCGUUAGGUUCCUAUUGCUGCAUCGCUAGAAAUUGUAUGGGCGAAGCGAGAAGUACGGCCGAACUGACUGUCGAGGAUAUUCAAAACCAAUUGAACGAGGAAGAACGACUUCAACUCUUCAGUACGAACCAACCGCCGAAGUUCGUCAAAGGAUUGAAGAGCGCCGAAGCGAAAAUUUUGGAGGAUUUCCAAUUUAGCGUGCAAGUUAGUAUCGCACCGGAACCGAAUCUGUCAUGGUACCGCGAUGACGAGCCAAUAAACGAAAACGAUAAGUAUCAGGUAGCAAGAGAAACUCUAGGAACUUGUCACUUGAACAUACGAAAACUUGAGUUUGUGGAUCAAGCCGAAUGGAAAUGCGUGGCAACGAAUGAUUUCGGGCACAGUAUUACCUCGUGUUUUUUGAAACUGACAAUACCAAAACAUUAUAAAAAGCCAAAGUUCCUCGAAAGCCUUCGCGCCAUAUUGUCCGAGGAGGGUGCCGUGAAUUUGGAAUGUAAAGUCAUCGGCGUACCUCAGCCUGUCCUGAAGUGGUACAAGGAUGGUGUGGAACUGAAACCAGGAGACAUUCAUAGGAUAAUUUCAGGCCAGGAUGGCACCUGUUGCCUGGGAACUUAUACUUGCGAAGCUACCAAUUGCAUGGGAACUGUCAGCAGUUCUGCUUCCUUAUUAGGAUUCGAAGAUCGCGUAGCGGUUCGAAAGGAAAUCAAGGAGAUUCCACCGGGUCACGAACUGGCUCGCAAUCUUUCUCUCUCUACGAUCCAGGAAGAAAGGACUUCCCAACUGUACGAUACUCCGCAAACCGAUCAUUCGGUGACGAUCGACGAUCGGGGCGAAGUAUCGUUCAGCUUCGAUGGCAAAGAAGUGUCGGUAAGUCUGUACGAGACUCCUGAUCUGACAGAGGAGGAGGCUCUUCAGAUCGUUGAAAUGUAUGCCGAUCAAUUAUCGGAACACGUCACAGAGCACAACGUCAUCGAAUUGCCUCCUAUGAGAUUCGUGAAGGAGACCUCAACUUCCGGAAAUUUAUUAAUGGAAGCUGUGGUCAUCGAUGUCUCGCCGGAUUACUUCAUAACUGCGGAAGAGGGUGAAGAUCUUCGCACGGAAGCGGAUAUGGAGGACAUGUCUAUAAUGGAGGAUCAGACGCAAGCACUGUCUUCACCGGAAGUCCAAUCCGAUGAUGUCAAUCGAUUCGACAGGAACUUGACGGCGACUCCGCUCUUCGACGAGGACGGAAGACCGCUGAGACCCCCCAGAAGGAAAUCCGUAAGUUCAACGAAGAGCGAACGGAGCGAGAAGAGCGAGAAGAGUCAACGAAUGGAGUCUGAGAGUUAUCACAGCGCGAAGGAACCCACAGCUCAAAUAUCUCACAGAGACGACAGUGAAGCUUUCACGGACGCUCUGUCGAUUCAUUCGCAGAUGACCUCAGUGUCCGAAAGAACAAGCCAGAAAGACGCGUUGAAGAGGAAGCAGAAGACCAGCGGCGAAAGGACGUCCAGCCAGGAAGGAGACUCUUCCUUCGAUUCCGUAACCGGAGUGCCCAAGAAGAAGAAGGUCAAGAAGAAGAAAGAUAAGGGACUGUCGAAGGGAAGUUCCGAAGAAUCCUCGAUGAGCAGCGAACCGCGAAGACGCAGCAAGUCCAGAAGUGGUAAACCGGAAGUGUCCUUCCAGCUGGAACCAAUUGUCAAGGUCGGCGAGCAGUACGUAGAAGAGGGCGAUGGUCUCGCCAUUAAUGAUCAGGCUACCAUAGAAAAGUUAUCAAAGUCGGACACUGAAAAAUCGGUCAGUAAAAGUAACAAAGAGAGACUCAUCGAAAAUAUUCGUAAACUGUCCCAACCAGUGUUUGUCAUUCGAAAUGCCCUUAUCAACCUGGAUUCACUUUUUGAGACUGAAAGCGAGGAUAGGCUAAAUGCUUUGAUCCUCGAGCACAUAGUUCAUCCAAUUCAAAAUUUGUGCAACGAAGUCUCAGACAUCGAAGCCAAAGCACUGAAAGGAGCCGGAGACAAAUCAUUGACUCAGACCACGAGAAUUUCACUUCUGGAAGCUGUCAGUGGUCCAAUGGAGGAACUUUUGCGUGGAAUCGAGCUGAUAAAGCGACACGAGGGAUCUCAGGCUGUCAGGUCGGAUCUGAUAAUACUGGAAUCACUGACCGAUCCUAUUGACGAGAUCUUCAGCGGAUUGGCCAAGAUCGAGUACGAGCUGUCGGGUCAGGCUAGGUACGAGAAACCAAUUGCUCUUCAGCGAAUGACACACACGCUUGCUAAAUUUUCCAAAAAUAUUGAACUCCUUCGAAACGUGGACGACGGGUCCACCACGGUGAUUCCGCAACUCAGAGCGGUCUGCCAGAAUCUUGAUUCGUUCCUGAGUAACGUCAACAUCAAUCCCGUCACCGGGACCAUCGAGAACGUCGAUACCAUCAUCGUGGAAUCGCUAACGAGACCAGUGGAAGAUCUCGUAAGGUCUUUGGGUCUGGCUACCAAGUCUCUAGGGAACGGAUUGACUUUGGAGAUUCUAGAGGACCUGAAAAAUCCAAUCAGCGAGAUGAAGACCAGGCUGGGGAAUCUGAGCAUGGCUUUGGAGAGUUAUGGAAAGGAAACGGUGGACUAUCAUUCCGUCGUCGUGACGACGCUCACGGAAGUAAUAAACGGAGUGGACCAGGAGAUGAUCAGAUUGGAAAAUGAUAAGGCUGCAAUUGGAAAAAAGAAAGAGUUACAAGUGGCAGCGAAGUCAAUUUUGGAAUUUCAAAGAACGAUCGAAGCCAUCUCGAGUCUUCCGGUAAAUCCUUUGAAGCACUCAAAACCUCUUCUCAUCGAAGUCCAAAAAGGCUUAGCGCAGAUCCUCGAAAAUGUUGCGUUCCAAUCGACCAGCAGCAAGCUGACCCUCGCGAACAAUUCGUAUAUUCUCAAAUCAAUAGCUCAACCCAUUGACCUCUUGAAUGCCGAACUAAGAAAACUCGAGACGAUCACUGAACUUCACACUAGCGACUUCAACAAUCUUUUGGAAUCCUUAGAAAAUUUAGAUCGCAACGUCACUUCCUUUCAGAAAACACUGCUCGACACAGGAGACGCCAGGAACACGAACAUCACGGCUCUGGAAGACGUGAAGGAGCCUCUGGACCGAAUAAUUGAUCGACUUCAGCAAGACACGGUAGUCAAGAUCCAGGACAGCGGAGUCUCCCUGGCCAUUGAAAGGAUGAAGGCAGCAGUCGCGGACGUCCUGACCGCAGCAGCCGAAGUACCAGCUACGGAAGAUAAGAGUUUGAUAAUAAGAACACUGAGGGAACCUCUGAACAUGAUAUCGACGAAUCUCGAGAAAAUAAAAAGUAUCUGCAUAGGCAAAGUCGGAGACGUCUUCACGGUUGAUCUGAUCCACAAUUUUUAUCAGCCUAUAAUGGAACUGUCGAAUCUCACUACCAUGCACGAGAGCGAAGCUUUAGCGAACUUGACGACAAUCCGGGAGAAAAUCGACACUGCCAUUGAAGAGAUCGGCACCAAUGCGGUAUUGAAGUCUCGGCAGCACAGUGAAGAAAUCACGAUGAUCUUGCCGCUUCUUCAAAAAUUACAACACGAAGUACUCAGUGUGGAGAGGGUCAAGAUAAAUGAAGCCUACCUCAAGGAAUUGUACGACCAAGCCAAUUGCGUCAAGAGUGUCUUUGGGCAGGUCACACCCGAAUUCGCUCUGAGUCACGAGGCAACUGACAGACUUACGAUAUCCUUGAGUAACAUCGUUAGAAUAGUCGAGGACAUCAGAGCCAACGAAUUACGGGCAAUCGGAUCGAAGACUUUGGACACCGUAAUGGCGGAAAUUCAAGCUUUCGUGGAAGACGUUUUCGAAAAUGUAAAUCUGACUGACGGAACGCUCAGCGAAAAUUACAUUAGAAUUUUGUCGUCGAUCGCGAAGCCUCUUAAUGCUCUUCACGAGGCUAUAUACAACAUCCAGUCGAAUAUUGUGGAUGGUAAAAUAAGCGAAGGCGUUGGGCAGCUCUACGUUAAGAAUUUGAGUCAAGUAGUUCAGCCUCUGGAAGCAAUUCAAAUAAAGGCAAUUACCAUGCAGGAAGAAUUAGCCAAAAUUCCGAAACUAAAACCGAUCUCAAAUCUCGUAAACACUCCGCUCCAAGAGGUACGCUCGACCUUUGAUGCUGCUCUUCGCGAAUACGAAGUGAUCGCACAGAGACGCGGCCGAUCGUCAUCGAUCGUCAAUUAUAUCGAUGAAUUGAAUAAAAAAUUGGAGACGGUAUCGAGCAUCCAAAAUGAUCAGGAAGCUGUCGACGUUCUGUCAAAUUUGAAAGGACCCCUUCACGCUCUUCAAUCCUCUCUUGAACUUCAAGAUCAUAGCGGCGAGGAGUUGGUCAUCUUGAAGAACCUGGAAACACCAAUUGCCCGAUUGAGGGGAAUCUUGACGACUGUCAGUGAGAGACCGGAUGUUGAGGAAUUGAUGCAACCUGUUUUGGCAGUACUGAAAAAAAUUGAGAACAAAGUGCCAAUCGUCAUUGACCAAGUGAUUGCCAAAGAAGAAGAAGCCAGACAGGCGCGACUGCCAAGACCAAAAGUGCUGGCAGCAAAGAUAUCAGCACCUUUGACCAACAUUCACACGGAGAUCAGUUCGGCGAUUGAUAAAUAUGAAAAAGCGAUCGAUCGAUCUUUACCGACCUCGGAAAUCGCUACGAGCCUCAAAGACAUACGUCAACAACUGAGCAUGACCAUUUCCGAGGCUCAGAAUUUGACUGAUCAGGACACAGUUCACAUUCUGGCAGACUUGAAGCAGCCAUUGUUAAAUUUCCAGCAGGCUUUGGUAACCGAAGAACACGACGUCGAAGAUUACAAAUUGCUGGAACACCUGGACCAGCCGAUAUCGGAAUUGAGGUCUGUCGUUCUAGGUGUCUUGCAGCAGGGCCAGGCCGAAGACGUGCACUCCGUUCUGAGUCUCCUGGAGGAGCUAGAGAUUCAAGUGCCUCAAGUCGCGAAGACGACUUCCGAACGUUUGGAAAAAGCUUCGAUGAAGUCAGUUUCAUUCGAAGAGCCUCAGAACUUCCCAGAGAAGAUACUGGACCCUCUCAUUGACAUACAGGCGAACAUCAGUUCGGCUCUUCAAGAAAUGGAGCUGAUGAGCAACGUCGAGUUCCAGUCGUCGGAACUGGUUGGAUCGUUGGUAGAGCUGAGGCAGUACGUGUCAACCGUUGCUCAUACAGCAACGACUUUGAAGGAAACGGAUACCCUGAACGCCCUGGUGGAUCUAAGAGAACCACUUCUGGAUCUGCAGCUGGCUCUUGCUUCGGAACACGUGCCUGAGGAGCUAUCAGUUGUGAAAAAGAUGCCCCAGGCAAUCAGCGAACUGAAGGAAGUGAUAGCCACAGUCUUGCAAUACGUGCAAGGCUCCGAGGCCAAAGCCAUGAAACCAGUUUUUAGGAUGCUGGAAGAAAUUCAGGAGCAGGUUCCCAAAGUUCACGAGCAACUGGAAGUGAAGAGACUGUCUUUGGCUGAAGCGGGGAAGCCCGAAGUUUCCGAAGUGAAACCAGCUGUUCUUGGGAGCAGCUUAGCAAUGCCGUUAAGUAACAUCCACUUUGGACUCUCUUCGGUAUUGGAGGAACAUGAAAAUGCUGGUUCAGUUGAAAAAUCAGCGUCGUCUUCCGUUGCUGCCGGGCUCGAAGAAAUUCGUCAAAAUAUUGGUGCCCUUGCUGUGGCAGUUGGUUCCACUACCGAGCCGUUGAGUGACGAAGAAACUGUCAUUGAAUUAUCCAAGCUGAAGGAACCUUUAUUGAACCUUCAAAGAGUCCUCUUGACUGAAGAUCAUGGUCCGAACGAAGAAGCUAUCCUGAACCACGUGGCUCAUCCUAUUCAGCAGCUGAAGACUAUAGUCCUGAACGUACUUCAGAGUGUUCAGGCGGAACCGGUGCUUCCUCUGGUAGAACUGCUCGAAGAAAUUGAGAAAGACGUUCCAUUGGUUGUUAAGGAAGUUGCGAAGAAAGCCAAACUUCAAAAAGAGAAGCCGCAGCAUGCUGAAGUCGCGACGGUUUCAAAGCCGAAAAGACUCUCUGGAAAAGUUUCGCAGCCAAUGAAUCUAAUACAGAAUUUAUUAACUUCGAUUCUGGAAGAGGGUAGAAAGGAGGCAGCUGUGAAGUCCAAAAUUUUACAUUCGCUCGAGAAACUGAAGCAAAAGGUAACGAGCGUUGCCAUUGAGACUUCGUACUCGGAACCUCCGGCUGAUGAAGACUUGAUCGAAUCAAUGACUGACUUCAAGGAGCCCCUGGCCCUUUUGCAAAACGCAAUUGCAGUUAAUCAUGAACCCGAAGAUCUGACUGUGCUCGAAAAUAUAAAACAGCCAAUGAAGUAUCUUCUCGGGGUGAUAAUAGAAUCUAUGCAAAAUUAUCCAGCUGAAUCUCUUCAGCCGAUUUUAGAAACGAUUGAAGAAAUCGAAAAUCAGGUUCCACUAUCGAUUAAGGAAGCUCUGUACAAAAAGGAAUUGCAGCAAGUCGUGAAGUCUUUAAUACCUGAAGAAACAACUGCAGUUGAUAUUCAGCAGAGUGAACUUCCUGAAACCCACAAAGUUACAGAUACCUCAAAAUCAGAAACCACCUCUGUGGCUACUAUCAGCACAGUCGGCUCUUCGGAAACUGUGAUGCUUCAGAAGCAAGAAGAAGAGUCCUUGGCAGGUUCGGAAAAAGUUUUAGCGGAAUCAGUCGCAGCGAAGAAGUACGAAGAAGAGUUGAAGACGGAAGAAGUUCCAGGAGAAGAGACAGAGGUGAAAGUUGAACCUGAAGACAUAUCAACAAUAGUAUCCAAACCACUUCAAACGGUCCAAUUGAAGAUAGCGAGCACUCUUGAAGAUUACGAACAGUUAUCAACCAGUACGACAUCGAAAAUAGCAAAUAGCCUUGAAGAGCUAAGACAAUCGGUAUCCAUGCUUCACAUAUCGACGGCGUCCUAUACCGAAUCGUUAUCAAACGAAGGAACCAUAACAGCCUUAGACGACUUACUGCCGCCAUUAUUGAGCAUGAGUGAGGCAUUGAGCACGAGUAAGCAUAACGUGGAGGAACUAUUUAUCCUGAACCACCUCGAGGAACCAAUUCGAGAAAUAAAGACAGUCGUGGAGAACGUCAUAAAAGCGGAUCAGUCGAAUCAGUCGAAGAAUCUUGAACCCAUUGUAAAAGUUCUUCAGCAUAUAGAAACGAGGAUACCAAUCGUAUCGCGAGAAAUAAAUGCAAGGCAGGUAGUGAUCCAGGUCCUUCACGACGUGAUCAAGCCUCUGGAAAUCGUGAGAAAGUGCAUGAACGAUCUGGAAAUCUCUGCGAAGGACACAGUUGAAACGGACGUCGCAGCAUCCUUGGGAGAGCCUGUCGAUGUCCUUAGGGAGACAAUGAACAUAAUAUCGACGGAUUAUGAUCUACUGGACCAGCAAAGGGAAGCCAUUCUGGAGUUGAAAAACCUAGUGGAGCCUCUCAUAGAGUUCCAGAGCUCUCUAAGUGUCAUUCAUAGUAGCCAAGGCGUCGUUCCUGAAACGACGCUACUCGCUGAAAAGAAGAACGUCAUAUUCGACGCGGUAGAAGGCCUGAAGAAGUCCAUCGACGAUACAGUCGAGAAAAUAAAAGAUAAGAAGAACUCUGGAUUGAUCGUCGAGCCGCUGAUCAGUUUGAAUUCUGCAAUGACCACGAUUCAGCAGCAGGUGAACAAGACGGAUUAUUCAAGAAGGCCAAGCGUCACUCUGCGCGGUCAUAUGAUUGGUCCUCUGGAUCAUCUGAGCAAUACGAUCCUCGCGCUGGAGGAUUACAUUGACGAACAGACGUACCAAGUUAUUUCACAGUCCUUGGAAGCUCUUCAGAAGCAGAUCCUGCUGGCCCAGGACCAAUUCAAUCAGUUGGAUCAGCCUAUCGACGAGGAAGUCAUUAUCGAAGGAUUUCUAUAUCCUACGAAUCAGCUGCAAUCGGCUUUGACCGUCCUCAGUGAGAAUUUGGAACAAAGGGUCAUGCAUCCCAUCACGCCAUCCUCGACGGAACUUCUUCAAGCACUCAGCGACUCGACGUCCGAACUUCGAACUUCGUUGACUCUUCUUCAAAAUGAGUUGAUUCACGAAGCCAAAGGAGCUUCGAUCAUUGAGACUCUGUCAGCUGUUUUUGUUCCUCUGGAUAAGAUCAAGGAGAUCGUGAGAAAAAUUGUUAGAGGAACUCCUAGGAGUGAGGCAGCAUUGACAGUCGAGGAGCUACCCAGGAGAGAUCCGUCUCCAACGAGUCAGGAAUUGCGAAGAGCUCUGCAGGUCGCUUUUCAAGAACAACAAGCUGAAGAAACGGCAGAAGAAGUUGCAGAAGUGCAACGAGCUUCCACUGCUGAUAGUGAAGUUGAAGACAAAAUGCCAAUGGUCAUGAGUAAAGUCGAGACGAUGGUGGAUGAAGUGAUUGAAAUGUCAAAACAAGAAAUUGAAAACGUAAAGCUUGUCAAGGAACUGGCAAAGCCUCUGCAAGAAUUGCAAAAAGCUGUUGCAUCUCUUCAAGAAGGAAAAGUUCAGAUGUCCGAAGUAACUGUUGGCCAAGAACCUGUUCAACCUUUGAGUCAACAUCUUGGCGAGUUACAGAAAUCUAUAUCCGCCGUUCAGGAAAAUCUUGCUGAGAGUACACAAGAGAUGCAGAGUGAAUCGAUGUUGAAGCAGCUAACGGAGCCACUGAUAGAACUUCAGAAAUCUAUAGCUGCUAUUCAGGAACAAACUGUUCAAGUGGAAGAGGCAGGAUCUAUGACUGAUAAAGAAAAUUUGUCGGUCAUCGCUACAUUGGCGGAACCUUUGGAUCAAUUAGAAAGAACCAUUGCGAUUGUUCAGGAACAGAUAGUACCUUUGGAAACGAUCGGUAAACAUCACCAAGUUGAAACAUUACAAGGACUUGUUAAACCAGUUCAAGAGCUUCAAAAGUCUUUAGCAGUAUUGAAAGAAGAAAAGAUUGCAGCUUCGAUUGCUGCCGAAAAAGAUAUUGCGGUUGAGACGCCGCGACAAGCUGAAGUUUCGGGUGAAGUAACUGAAGAAAUUGUGGGUGAAGUCUCGGAAAUUAAAGAUGCGAUCGAAGAAGCUAAGAUGGAAAGUGCGAAGACGGCAGAGGUGAAAGAUAUUCCGAGUGAGUUUGAAGAAGCUAAGACUUCUAAAAGAGUUCAAGAGAUUAAGGUUGCGAAAGCUGAAGAAACGAUAGAAGAAAGGGAGGGUAUUGAAAUUGAAGAGCUGCCAAAGGUGGAAGAGGCAAUUAAUGUUGAACAGCCAGAAAGUCAAAUAGAAGAAACGCUGAAACCAGAAGAGGUGCCCAAACAAGAACAAGAGAAGGUCCUGAAAACAGGGGAAAUGUCUAAGGAAGAAAAAGAGCUGAGACCAGAAGAGGUACCUGAACAAAAAAUGACGUUAGAAUCAGAACAGGUAUCUGAACAGGUGAAGGUGAUGAAACCGGAAGACGUAUCUGAACAAGAGAAGGUGCAGGAACACGAAGUAGUAGCUGAACAGGAGAAGAUGCUAGAACAAGAAAAGGUGCUGAAACCAGAUGAAGUGAGCCAGCCUGAAGAAACUUUGAAGGAGGAAGCGAUAGAAUCAGAAAAAACAAUAGCACAAUCGGAAACUGAAGCAUCGGAACCUGCUGGACCUUCUAAGGAAGAAAAACUCAAAGUAGAAAAACCAGCGGAAGUUGUUGAAGCAGAUGUGCUUGAAACAAAAGAAAUUACUAAGCAGGAAGAAGCACCAGAAACUUCCGAACCAUCAAUAUCUGGAGCAAUUGAAGAAUGUAAAACCGACGAAGAAAUCAAAUUCAAAGAAGCUACAAAGCCUAAAGAGAUAUCUCAACCUCAAGAAGCAGCACAUCCCACAGAAGCUGAAAUACCUAAAACAGAUGAAGUACCAGAACCGAAAGCAUCACAAAUUGAACAAUCGACCGUACCCGAAAAACCAAAGUCACCAGUAGAGAAAGAAGCCGAAAUUGAAAAGCUCGAAACCAAAAUCGAAGUUCCGAGUGUCACUAUUUUAAAAGAUUUGACGCAACCAUUGAAGGAACUAACAAAAUCAAUUGCAAGUUCGAUCGAACGUCAAAUUUCUGAUAUUACAAGCGAAAAACCCGAAAAACUUCAAGAAUUGGAUAUAGUCCAAAAUCUUCAGAAAAUACUCAAGGUGAACGCUGCUAUAGUAGAUAAAGUUUUCGUCGCAAUUUCUUUGAGCACCGAAGAAGCGGUAUUCACAAAUCUCGCAAGUUCCCUGGAAAAGCUUGAAUCCGCUUUAACAAACGUACUUCAAAUAUCCGAAGAGACCGGAGCAGAAUUUGGAAAUUUAUCCAGCCUAAAACAUCUGAUGGAGCCUCUUGAAGAAUUCGAAAAAUCCUUAGCCAUCAUUCAGGAACAACAGAUGAUCGAAGGCAGUACCAGUGCAGCCAUAGAAGAAAAUAUCACAGUACUUCUUGAUCUGGCAGAAUCAGUCACGGAACUUCUUAAAGCAAUACAUUCCUUGGAGGUGAAAAAAGUAAAAAUUAUCGAACCAGAAGAAUCCAAAUCCAAAGGGAAGGAAGAUUCAAAAGAUAUUCAACAAACCACUGCCCAGCCACUCGAGGAACUCAUCGAAGCCAUUAUGGUAUCUCAAGGUCAAGUUGCUGAAACCACUUCGCAGCUACCAGACGUUUCAAUAAUUUCCGAACUGGCAAGACCUUUCGAAGAUCUAAAAAGCUGCCUCGUGAUUGCUCUGCAACAAAGUUUAGAAACCACUAAGGAGAUGGCAGACGAAGGAAGAAGUAUUCAUACCAUUUGCGAACCCUUGGAAGAAUUGCAAAAAUCCAUUGCCAUUAUUCAGGAACAAGUUCUCCUGGAAGAAAGUGCAGAAAUGCCAGAUAAUGAAAAAGUUCUUCAACAAAUCGUAAAACCCCUGGAAGAACUUCAAAAGACAAUCGCGGUUAUCCAGGAACAAACUGUUUUAGUUGCUGGCGAAUCCUUGAAAGAUAUACAGGACAGCAUUCCGGCGUUAUGUUCCUUGACGAAACCUUUGGAAGAAUUGCAAACGUUCAUAGCGGCCAUUGAAGAGAAGGCAAUCACGGUAGAGAGCGUUGAAGAGAUUCCAGAUAAAUGUUCAACUAUGGAGGAGGUAGCCAAACCGCUUGAAGAGUUACAAAAGGCUAUAGCUAUUAUUUGCGAAGACAAGGUAUCGCAAAGAAAAGCAUCGGAAACGAAGAUCACUGAACAAGUUCAGCAGGCACGGUUGGCAGAUGAGAAGGAAUUAGCUGAAGCCAAAUCGAGCAACGAAGAGCACUUGACUGAAGAAGUAAAGCCGAUUGAAGUAAAGGAGAAGAUGGAUGAAUCGCAAGCUGAAGUUAAAGUUGAAGAAAGCUCAUCCGAAGUGGCAACCGUGAUGAAAGCUCCAGAAUUGCUAGACUCUCUGGCUAGACCCUUGCGACAGCUUCAGGAAUCAAUAAUGCUAAGUCAAGAAGAGUCUGAAGAAGCUGGAACUUUGGCGAGUGAAAAGACGCCUGUAGAAAUUACAAAAUCUCUCGAAGACAUUCAACGUGCUAUUGCCAGCAUAGAAGACCAAAUGGUCCUGGAACAUACUGGUGAUCUGAAGGAUGUUCCAGCUCUGGAACAACUUGCCAAACCGCUCAACCAUCUUAAGGAGCGUGUGGCGAUUCUGCAAGAGGAAGUCGUGGAGUCCAUCGAUAAGAUAUCAGAUAUUUCUCCAUUGACAAAAUUGGCUGGACCUUUGGAAGAGCUUAAAAAAAGUAUUUCCCUGAUCCAAGAAGAAGUUGUUUCUGCUGGAUCAACGGGAGAAUUACCUGAAAUAAAGGCUCUUGAAAUUUUGGCACAGCAAACGGAAGAGCUGCAAAAAUUGAUAGCGAGCAUCGCGGAGGUCAAAGUGGAAGAAGGCAAGUCGAAAGAGAAUCUGUCAAAAUUGGCGUUAUCGAUGGAAGAAUUGCAGAAGGCUGUUGUGACUGUUCAGGAAGUGAAGGUUGAGCAAGGAACUGAAACUGCUAAUAAAGUUCAGGAGGAUGUGGAAGCAGCCAUUGCUAGGCCUCUUGAGGAGAUGGAGAAGCUCAUAGAAGCGAUUCAAGUGACGGAAAGGGUGGCGGAAGAAACAGCAAAGAUUGAGGAAUUAGCUAAACCGUUGGAAGCUUUGCAAAAGUCUAUUGCUGGGGUCAAGGAGAAAGUCAUUACUGAACAAGGUAUCAAAAUAGAAGUUCUGAAAGCUCUUGAGGAGCCACUGGCACAAUUACAAAGGGCUGUCGCGAUAGCUGCUGAAGAGACCCAGGAAGUGGGUGAAGUCCUGGGCGAAGAUUCGGAAGCACCACUUCUGAAAGAUUUAAUAAAACCAAUUCAAGAGUUGAAGGAGUCCAUUGCUGUAAUCCAAGAAGAAGCAGUAGUCACGGAAAGCGUAGAAGAUCAAGCUUCGGAAGAGAUCGAAGAAGCCAGCGCUGUGAAAUCAACGGAAGAAGAACCCAAAGCCAAGGUGAAGAUUCAAGAAAAACAAAUUGUUAAAGAAGUCGCCGAAGGGCUUCAAUCGGAAGUUCCCGAAGAAAUGACUGAAUCUCUGAAAGACUUAACGGUGGAUCUGAAUGUUCUUGAAGCGAUUGCUAAACCUCUUCAUGAACUUCAAAAAUCGAUAGCUACGAUCGAAGAGCAAAAAGUUUUCGAACCGGGAAUUUCAGAAUUGACAAAAGCUGAGAACGUGAAGAUGAUCAGCGCCCUGGCACUGCCGCUUCAGGAAUUAGCAAAAAUCGUUGCUCUUGUUCAAGAAGAAUGUGUCAUGGAACCUGAUGCCCAAAGUAUCUCAGAAAAGGAGGGUACAUCAACUCUGAAAAAAAUGGCCGAACCACUGCAAGAGUUACAGAAAUCGAUUGCGUUGAUCCAGGAAGAAGUUCUGGUUGAAGGAAGCCUAGAAAGUAUGUCGGAAAAGGAAAAUAUUUCGCUGUUAAAAACAAUUGCCCAACCUUUGGCAGAGUUGCAGAAAUCAAUAGCUGUUGUCCAAGAAGAAACUUCUGUCGAACCGACUAUCGAAGAGGUUUCCAAAUUUGAAGAUAUCUCCGUACUCAAAACUUUAGCUAAGCCUCUCGAAGAGCUUCAGAAGUGUCUGGCUGUGGUAGGAGAAGAAACUAUAAUGGAACCAAGUGCAGAUACGAUAUCUGAAAAUGUUUCGCAGUUGAAAACCUGGGCAGAUGAUGCGAAGGAACCAGCUAUGGGAGUUGCAAUCGUCCAAGAAACUGUCUUUGACGAACCCAGAGUUGAGUACAUUCCGGAACAGGAAUUGGUGCUCUUGAAGGAACUGGCUCAUCCACUGGAGGAAUUGCACAAAUCAUUAGUACUUAUCGAAGAGCAGAAGACAAUGGAACCCGACGCUACUUCACUUUCAGAAAAGGAAGACAUAUCAGUGUUGAAGACUGUUGCUCAGCCGUUAAGAGAAUUGCAAAAAGUAAUUGCUACGAUCCAGGAGCGAACGAUCAUGGAAGCAGAGGGCAAACUGUCAGAAAAAGAGAGUAUCUCAGCUUUAGAAACCUUGGCCAAACCUUUAGAAGAAAUUUAUCGAUCGGUAGCGCUCAUUCAAGAUCAGCUCAUAAUGGAGCCUGGUACAGAAUCAGUCACCGAACAGGAAGACAUUUCGCUACUGAAGACUCUAGCGAAGCCCCUGGAAGAAUUCCAAAAAAGCCUGGCUGUAGUCGAGCAGCAACUAAUUAUUGACCCGGGAACAGAAUCAAUAUCCGAAAAAGAAAAUUUAUCUAUUUUAAAGACACUGGCUACGCCUCUUCAGGAAAUACACAGAGCCAUCGCCAUUAUCCAAGAGUACACUGUUCUUGAACCUGAGGCUGUCACUAUUUCAAGGGACGACGACAUUUCGGCUUUAAAAACACUAGCACAACCAUUGUCAGAGCUUUACAAAAGUCUGGCGAUUAUUGAAGAACAGCUUGUAAUCGAACCGGAUGUAGCUUCUAUUUCUGACAGAGAAGAAUCUUUUCUUUUGACAGCCGUCACUGAACCUCUUGAAGAACUUCAGAAAUCCGUAGCUGUUAUUCAAGAGCAGGCAAUCGUGGACCAUGAAACAGGCAAGGAAGACAUAAAGAUUCUAAAAUCAUUGGCCGAGCCGAUUGAUGAACUUCAGAAGUCCAUCGCCAAUAUUCAAGAAUUGCUGCUGGAAGAUCCCAAAGCCGUUUCUACCUCCGAAAUAGAAGAUAUAUCUGUACUGAAGAGUCUGGCUCAACCGGUUGAGGAACUGCAAAAAUCUAUAGCGAUUAUUCAGGAGCAAAUACUUCACGAACCUACUUCUGUUCCGGUUGAAGAGAAGAAAGAGACUUUGGCGAUAAAGGUACUGGAACAUCCACUUGAAGAACUUCAGAAGUCAAUAGCUACUAUUCAGGAAUAUAAUUUGUCUAAGCAAAGAGGCACGUUUGAAGUGACUGAAGUUGCUACAAAAACAUUAGAAGCAGACUGGUCGAUAAUAAAGAAUUUGAUGGAACCUCUGAAAGGAAUCAAAGAGGCCAUACUCAGCAUCCAGGAAGAGACUCUUCAGGAGAGUAGUAUAGAACGGGCGAUAGAGUACGAAGCUCUUCAGACACUGAUAGAACCUCUUUAUAGUAUUCAGGAAAGCUUCGAAAAACUUCAAACGAAGUACGAUACGUUCGACGAAGAAGCAGCUAUAGACUCGAUCGUGGAGUCUCUUUACGAUUUAGAAAAGUCCAUUUGCCUUGUUCAGGAACAAGCUGCAGAUAGGCCGAUCGCCGAAUCCGUUGAGGCUGAGGAGGAAACCAAAAUUUUAAGUACCUUAACGUUACCGCUCGAAGAAUUGAAAAAAUCUAUUACCACAGUGCAGGAAUCUUCUUCUAUGUAUCUUGCUAAUCUGGAAGAGCCACUGAGAGCUCUUCAUUCGGCUAUGGAAGUCGUUCGUUUGAGAAUACCGGAAGUGAGCGUCAAAGGCCUUGAAGAAAUUGAAUUGCCUAAGUCGAUGGUGGGAAAAUUUGUGUCUAUGAAGAAUCUCUUGGAGCCAAUAGGAGAUAUAGCCGAAACGAUUGACAAGAUAGAUAAUAAAAUUGCUGAAGAAAACAGCGUUGAAGUUCAGAUUGAGUUGGAGGCUCUUAAAACUCUCGUGAAGCCUCUUCGAGGGAUGGAGCAAUGUAUCGCAGCUGUCGAAGAAGAAUUUGACGUUCCAAACGAAGUGGUUAACGUGGACGCAAUUUUUGAUUCGCUGAAGGAUCUUCAAAAAUCUAUUUCAGUAAUCCAGACACAGUCGGCUGAUAAACCAUUCGCUGAAUCGGCCUCCACUGCUGACGAUAGUCAACUGUUGAAGAGUCUGGCACCGUCUUUGACAGAACUUAAAAAUUCAAUCGAAGCUAUCGAACAGGUCCAGGAAGAAUUUUCCUUCCAAAGUUUGGAACAACCUAUCCUGCAUCUCCGAAGUGCCGUGAGGCUCAUUCAUGAUAGAAUAAUUGAAGAGCCAAUCUGCAUUAAGAGGAAAGCUGAAGUAAUGAAAAUGGUGGGAGCACCGUUGGUUGAGCUUCAAGCUAGAAUAGCUGAAAUUCAGGAAGAAUACGUUGAAGCUUCUGAAGAUACUCUUUCGGAAAUUUCAGCUUUGGAGAGCAUCGCACAGCCUCUGGAAGAGCUUCAGCGAGGAUUUGCACAAAUAGAACAGAAUGUUAGCCUCGAAUCGGAUGGGCAAUUAAUACUCGACAAUGAAACACCUAUAGCGGAAAUGGCCAAUCAAGUGAGGGUACUUCAACACGGAAUGAUGGUCCUCGAGCAAACGCUUUUGGAAAAUGAGCAAGAGGACUCCAUAGCUUGGACUCUGUUAAAGGCCAUGCAAGUUCCUGUCGAAGCUCUCGAAAAGGGAAUUGAAGUUAUUCAGCAUUCCGUGCAGGAAGCUGCCCCCCUUGUGGAGUCUGGAAUGGAUUCCACGGACAGAGAUGUGACCGAGACCGAAAUUUUGUCUGCUGAAGAACAAGAGGAAGAGGAUGAGGAAGAGGAUGCUCACAAGUUGAGUCGGGAGGAAGCUGAGAUUUUGAAGAAGGAAGAAGAGCUGAAGAAAAAGGAGAUGGAAAAGCUAGAGAGGGCUGAGAGAUUGAAGAAGGAAGAAGCUGAAAAGAUCAAAGAAGCUGAGAGGCGUGAGAGGGAAAUGAUCGACGCCGAAGAGAAGAGACUAGAGGAAGAAGCUGACAGACUUAAAAAGGAAGAAGAGGAACGUUUGAAAAAAGAGGAGGAUGAAUUAUUGAAGAAAAAAGAAGGUGAACGUGAGGAGUUCGAAGAAAAUGAAAGUGAACGGUUGAAGAAUGAGGAAGAAGAAAGAUUAAAAAGAGAAGAGGCUGCACGUGAAGAGCAGGAGGAUGAUGGACGUAAACAAAAAGAAGAAGAGGAUCGUGUGAACAUAGCUGCGGCUGAAGAACGGAAGAAACAAGAAGAAGAAAGAUUAAGAAAAGAGGAGGCAGAACGUUUGAAAAAAGAAAAAGAAGAAGAUGAGAAAGCUGAUAAAUUAAAAAUAGAACAGGAAGAGCAAUUAAAGAAAGAAAAGGCAAACCAACUUAAACUGGAAAAACAGCAACGUCUGAAAAAGGAAAAAGACGAAGAAGAACGUCUUAAGAAAGAAGAAGAAGAGCACGUAAAGACAGAAGAAGAGGUGCGUCUAAAGAAUGAGGAAGAGGAACAUCGGAAGAAAGAAGAAGAAGAAAAAGAACAAGAACGUUUGAAGCAAGAGGAAGAGAAGCGUAUAAAGAAAGAAGAAGAAGCCCGUCUCAAGCUAGAAAAGGAAGAAGAGGAGAAGAAAGAAGAAGAGCAACGUGCAAAGAAAGAAGAAGAAGAAGCCCGUCUUAAAGUAGAAAAAGAGGCGUGGGAAAAGAAAGAACAAGAACGUUUGAAGCAAGAGGAAGAGAAGCGUAUAAAGAAAGAAGAAGAAGCCCGUCUCAAGCUAGAAGAAGAAGAGCGGCAGAAGAAAGAACAAGAACGCCUAAAGAAAGAAAAAGAAAAACGCGUACAGAAAGAAGAAGAGGAACGCCUAAAGGAAGAAGAUCGCCUAAAAAAAGAAGAAGAGGAGCGUCUUAAGAAAGAAGAACAACGCGCAAAGAAGGAAAAAGAGGAACGUCUAAAGAAAGAAAAAGAAGAGCGUCUGAAGGAAGAAGAAGAUCGUGUCAAGAAAGAGAAAGAGGAGCUCCUUAGGAAAGAAGAAGAGGAACGCGUAAAGAAAGAAGAAGAUCUUCUGAAAAAAGAAGAAGAGGAACGCAUAAAGAAAGAAGAAGAUCGUUUGAAAAAAGAAAAUGCGGAGCAUCUUAAGAAAGAAGAAGAGGAACGCGUAAAGAAAGAAGAAGAAGAACGUCUGAGGAAAGAACAAGAGGAGCGUCUUAAGAAAGAAGAAGCCGAUCGUCUAAAAAAACAAGAAGAGGAGCGUCUCAAGAUGGAGGAAGAGGAACGCCUAAGGAAAGAAGAAGAAGGAAGGCUAAAGAAAGAAAAGGCUGAUAAGUUAAAGCAAGAAGAAGCCGAUCGCUUAAAGAAAGAGAAAAAGGAAAAAAAGAAGAAGGAAGAGGCUGAACGAGCAAAGAAAGAAAAGGAAGACAAGCUGAAGAAAGAAAAAGCUGAUAGAUUAAAGAGGGAAGAGGAGGACCGUUUGAAAAGUGAAGAGUCAGAAAGAUUGAAGAAAGAGGAGGAAGAACGACUUAAGAACGAAGAGGCUGAAAUGUUAAAGAAAAAAGAAGAAGAAGCACGUCUGAAAAAGGAAGAAGAGGCACGACUUGAAGAACAGAGAUUGAAGAGAGAAGAAGCUGAGAAAAAAGAAGCUGAGCGAUUAAGAAAAGAGGAAGAGGCAGAACGUCUUAAGAAAGAAGAAGAAGAACGUUCGAAGAAAGAGAAAGAGGAGCGUAUCAAAUUGGAAGAAGCGGAACGAUUGAAGAAAGAAGAAGCUGAACGAAAAAGGAAAGAGGACGAGCGUCUUAAGAAAGAAGCCGAACAAUUGAAAAAGAAAGAAGAAGAAAAACGUCUGAAAGAGAAGGAAUCUGAAAAUCUAAAGAAGCAGGAGGAGGAGGAACGUCUAAAGAAGGAAAAGAAGAAGAAAGAAGAAGCGGAGCGCAAACGUAAGGAGGAUGAGGAAAAGAAGCAAAAGGAAGAAGCCGAAAAACUUCGUAAGCAAGAGGAAGAAAAGAAAAAGAAAAGAGAAGAGGAGAGGAAAAAGGACUCGUCAAAGAAAGCAAAAACUGCUGAAAAGGAUUCGGAGAGGAGAGCAUCUCUUAAGAGCAAAAAAUCAGCGCAAGAAGAAGCGUCCAAAGAUAAGCCUGAAGAUGUUUCGAAAAAAGAAAAGAAGGAACGAGCGACAUCACGUCCGGAAACGGAAGUGUCAGUCUCUUCCACAAUUUCUGAGAUAUCGGAAACCCUCAGUGAAGACAAAACGCUAACUGAACCCAGAAGAAGACCCAAGGAGCACGCAGUUGUAGAAGUCGACAGGCUGGACAGAUCUUCACGCAGAGCGAAAAGCUACGACACUCAAGCCAGAAUAAGGGAAGUUCCGGUAAGAUUCGACGAUUCAACCGGAAGUGAUACUCUUACGGUAUCAAGGCCAAGAACAAGAGCAAGAAGUCAUUUGACCGAUGACUCUACUCCAUAUUACUCUGCUACCAGCAAAAGUUCAACUGUCGAGUGCGGCCCAAGAGAUCAAAGGAACAAACCGAUUUUCUGCACAAAACUGACUGACAGAACAGCGGCAGAAGGGUCGCGAAUAAAGUUGACCUGUGCAAUCCUUGGAUCUCCGGAACCCCAAGUGUCCUGGUUAAAGGACGGCCUCCAUCUCGGUCCAAGUAAUCGGUAUCGCACGAACCUCGAAAACGGAAUGGCAUGUCUCGAAUUUUACGCGGCUUUGCCAGAAGAUUCCGGAAGUUACACAUGCGUGGCCAAGAACGUUCAUGGGCAAUCAGUGACCGAAGCCAAACUGAAGGUCUUCGAGGGUUUCGAACCAGCGCCAUUGCCUCCAACUUUCACCAGAUCCAUGAAAGAUACCUACCGAUUUUCGGAUAACGAGCUGGUCCUCGAAUGCCGAGUUCGUGGCCAACCGACACCCACAAUAUCCUGGCUGAAGGAUGGCGAAGCUCUGAUAGGUAACCGUUUCCAACAAAGCGACCUCAGCGACGGCGUCUGUCGCCUGCAGAUUUCUGAUCCGACAGCAGCCGACAGUGGCCACUACACUUGCAAAGCAGAGAAUCAAGUCUGGUGCGACCAGAUUUCUCACAUGGUCCACUUCGAAGGACGCGAUCAAUACGCAGCCAGUAGACGAGACAAAGUUUCUCAAAGCAGAAUCAGCAGAGACGUAAGGAGACCUCAUUUCUCAAACAUUCUGACGGAUCACAGCGUCCCUGCCGGAGGAACAAUUGCGCUCCAGGUGGAGGUCAAAGGCAUGCCAGCACCGGAAGUGACCUGGCUCCGUGGAACUAAGAGAGAGCCAAUAUCAACUCCCAAAGCAAGAACGUUCGCCGAAUCUGGAGUGUACACGCUGAUGGUACCGGAAGUUACAGAAAUGGAAACCGACACCUACAUUUGCAGAGCAAGCAAUGCAUAUGGACACGUAGACACUAGCGCCAUCGUACAGGUCGUGGCGCCGAGUUCAAUUCCCGGUGGAAAACCAGCCAUGUUUAUGUCGCGACCAGAUAAUCUGAUGACAGUCGCCGUUGGCGAAGACAUUACAAUAUCAUUCAGAGUGACUGGUAGUCCGAAGCCUAGAGUUACAUGGAUGAAAGGAAUUCGGGACAUCACUAACAGUCAACGCUCCCACAAGGAAGUCAUCGACGAUUACGUACGAUUCAGCCUUAAGAGGGCCUUGGCCUCUGACGAAGGGACUUACUGCAUACUUGCAAAAAAUUGCUACGGCUGCGAUCGGACUUUCGUCACAGUCAAGGUGAAACAGCGAGCAAGAUCGUUGACACCGUCCCCCGACUGGGGUACCAUGGACACCGAUAACCUCCUUGCUGAUAUACACGACGGCGAAAGGUCAUACAUAAAGACGCAGGUUGAAAAAUUGAAGAGACUCUUCUAUCUGAAUUCAACAGCUGCCUACCUGUCCCAACUGAAUCAUAUGCUGAAAAAAACAACUGGCUAUCUGAGGUACUGUUUUGAUCGAGAAAAAAUAUUUUUGAAAAAUUUUCCCGAAAUGCGAGUCGAUGCCAUGGACGAUCACGGGAUAGAAGAUAAUUUAAAUGAAGAUAUCGAGCAACUGGCCUUGCAGCGACUGAGACGUUCCUGGGCAGCAAGGGAUUCCUUGAUUUCCGAAUUUUUGGAAUAUCUCACGGGUUAUCAAGACGUUCCAGGACCGAUCAGCAGCGAGCCUGUGGUCGUUGACAGUGGUAGAAACUGGUUGGCCCUAACUUGGGGCAAAGCGGAACAAAGAGGACCAGCACCCGUGAUAGCUUACAGGGUGGAUGCAUGGCAACUAGGGGGUGAUGGCGGAGCAAGAUGGGCCGAGCUUGGCGUUACUCCAAUCAACACGUUUGAUGCUUUCAACCUUCGUCCCGGUGGAGAAUACAAAUUCCGUGUGACACCGCGCAAUCGUUACGGAUGGGGUGAAUCGGUGACCUCGACCAGUUCCGUGACAGUUGGUGAAACAGUUGAGUUGCCGGAAUUCAGCAGGAUACUUCCGGGACAGUUGAAGGCUCUUCAAGGAUCCACCGUGCAGCUGGAAUGCGAGGUACGUGGCGAUUCGAAAAUCAACAUCCGCUGGUAUCGCGAUUCGACUGAGAUCGGUCCCGAUGUGGAUCCUCGAUAUACGAUCUACUACAAUGGAUUCAAGUGCAGCCUCAGCAUAGGCAGCAUCACUGAGGAUGAUUCCGGCAGAUACACAUGCGAGGCUACCAACAAGGUCGGCAGAGUCUCGACCUUCGCAAGAGUCCUCGUGGUGACCGAUCCAAAGAUUUUCGAGGCUGACGCUAAGUUAAAAGAAGCGAUGGACGGGGUCACCAAGGAGAAGCCACCGCAGUUCACCAUGAGACUGAGAGACAGAAGAGUUCAGAUGACGUACCCAGUGAGACUGACCUGUCAGGUGGUAGGUCAUCCCACACCGGAAGUGACCUGGUACAAGAAUGGCAAAGAAAUUCGUCAGGAUGCCUCCCACGUGUUCUGGGACGACGAGUCCCAGUUCCACACACUCGAGAUAACGCAUUCCACUCUGGAGGACUCGGGAUGCUACAUGGCCACUGCCAGGAACACAAACGGAUCUGUCUCCUGCCGCUGCAUCCUGGUCGUGGACAAAGGGAUCCGAGCUUACAUCGCUCCCGAGUUCCUCUGCGGACUGGACGCCGUCUAUUCCGUAAAAGUAAACGGAGAACUUCGCAUGACGGCGCAGGUCGAGGCCUAUCCCACAGUCGGGGUGGUCUGGCACAGAGACGGCAUCCGGCUUCGUCCAAGCAGACGCGCAGUCAUGACUCUGAAUCACGACGGAACAGUGGAACUGUCAUUGGCCAACGUGACUCCAAGAGACGCUGGGGUCUACAGCUGCACAGCGACCAAUGAGGUCGGCAGAACUGAAACCUCUACGAAGGUCAUGGUUCUAGGAACUUUCGAGGAGGUUCGCGGAGUAGCCGCCUUGCCUCAAGUUAUCGCUCCGGACAUACCAUACUCAAAGGAACCGCUUUUCGUAACGAAGCCCUUAUCUACCGAAGCCAUCGAAGGCGACACGGUAAUCAUCCUGUGCGAGGUCGUCGGCGACCCGAAACCUGAGGUCGUCUGGCUUCGAGAUUUCCUCAGGCCCGAUUACUACAGGGACGCUCCGCAUUUUCGUAGAAUCGGCGCGGGACCUCAGUACCGAUUGGAAAUCCCAUACGCGAAGCUCGACUUCACAGGAACGUAUUCCGUAAUCGCAAGGAAUUGCCAUGGGGAGACAAAGGCCAUAAUUUCCCUGCAGAUCUACGCGAAAGGUCAGGGAAAAGAGGACAGCAUGGAGCAGACCUCUGUGAAGCAUGGAAAGGUCCUGACCUUACCGAUCAUCAAGCGAGAGUUGCGAGAUCUCAGAUGCUGCGACGGAGAUGCUGUAACACUGGAGUGUAAAGUGCACGCUACGCCAGUGCCGGAUAUUCGCUGGGAACGAAGUGGCAGGUUGCUACCGCUGGGAGGCGACUUUACUACCGAUUUCGAUGGAGAAACUGCUCGGUUGAGUAUUCAACACGUUUACCCCGAAGACGAGGGUGAAUACACAUGCGUCGCCUAUAACGAUCUUGGAAAGGCCUUCACCUCGGCGUGUCUGGUGGUCGAUGUGCCCGAAGAGAAGGAGAACGUGCUGAGUCAACAGUUGAGCAGACCCGUAGGACUUUUGUCUGCAGGUUCAACGCCGAGAUCGACUCCUAGAUCAACUCCGAUAAGGAGUCUCUCGCCGUCGGUAGCCAAGGGACGUGAAUUCAAGACUCCGCUACAAGGCUCCGGCCUGAAGCGUCUGAAGGUGACGGCUCCAAAGUUCUACGCGGUUCCGCACAAUCGCGUCGCCGAAGAAGGUGAAACUGUGCGAUUCCAAUGUGCAGUCGCUGGGCAUCCGACGCCUUGGGUCACGUGGGAUAAGAAUGGAAUUGUCGUUACGCCUAGUGCUAGGAUAUCCAUAAAGGAAAGGGACGACAUUCGGGUGUUGGAAAUAGCUGAGGUCACGCCUGAGGAUGCUGGUCUGUAUAGGGUCACUCUGGAGAACGAUGUGGGAAGAAUAGAGGCCACUGCCAGACUUGAGAUUAUCGGUCGUCAUGGCUCUGUCACUCGUGGCAUUAGAACGAGAAGCGCCUCGCCCAGGACUUACCCAACGUUUGGUAGGAGUCUUCUGGGUUCUGCAGCCAGGGUCAAUGGCCGGCUUCAACUUCAGUGCGAUAUCAGAGGUACGCCAAGUCCCACUCCGGCUUGGUACAGGAAUGGAAAACCUUUGGAGCGCUCGGAAAGGAUCAAGAAAUAUUUUGACGGCAGAACUGCAAAAAUCGAAAUUCUUAAGGUCAAGGAUACCGAUGCUGGAGAGUACACUUGCGAAGCCACCAAUGUUCUUGGUUCGACCACAAAUAGUUGCCAGGUCGUUGUACUUGAACCUGAUGAUCCGUCAACGGUCGAUCGGGAUCCUCCUCAAUUUUUAGAGGAGCUUCCUUCCGAGUCUAUCGUCAUGGAAGGACACUCAUAUGAACUUCAAGUCAGACUUGCCGGGACUCCGCCGUUCGCCAUCACCUGGCUGAGGGAUGGUCGGGAGGUUCCUGAUAGCGAUUAUUAUCGUUACGUUGUCUAUGGAGAUGGCGGAAUGGCUCUCAGGUUGGCUGAUGUUUAUCCCCAGGAUGCCGGGGAGUAUACGUGUCUCGUGAGAAAUAAAUUUGGCAAGGCUUCUUGCAAAGGACUGUUCGCCGUUCAAGAUUACAAAGGCGCGCCGAAAAUGGCUCUUCAAUUCACAAAGACACCGGUGUCCGUAAUCGCGUUGAAAGGCAGCACUGCGUGCUUCUGCGCGAGAGUUCAGAGUGGCAGACCAGCGGAAUUCAAAUGGACGAUCAACGGAAAGGACGCCAAGAUGAUAUCGAGAUGCAAGAUUGAAAAAGAUGGAACCACCAGUAUUCUGAGGAUACGUGGAGUCUCCUCCAGAGAUUCCGGAGAGAUCCGUUGCACAGCUUUCGCAGCUGGUGGACGUGGACCAAUCGUCAGUUCCACGGCGGAGCUCAGGAUCGAUUCCCGAUCAUCGAACGUAUCAUCGCCAUCUUCGGAAGAGUCGACUUCCCCUAUUGCGGAAAUGGUGCGGCUCUCUCCGGAAUCAGAUAACAAAAAGAGUUUCUCGAACAAAAGCGUAUCUCCUACGCCCGGGAAAGGUCGGCCAUCGACCUUGAAUGUUUCAAAGGAUCCAUCGAAAUUCUCAAGGAUCCCAAGUAGAUGCGGCAGUCCUGCCAAGGGAUCGACUGAAGGUCUUCAACCGAAGAAAGAAUAUUCUGUCAAGCCCAUGAGUUCCCUUCCAAAAAGUCUUGCAGGCCGAAGUCCCAUUACGCAACGACGCAAUAAGCCAGACCCGGAAACCACCAAACCCGCUACAAAGAAUUUACUAAAUUUCACAAGAAAUGGCAGCUUGAGGAGAAAAGAGGGUUCGACGAAAGUUCGAAUUCCGCAAUCCGCCGCGGCCGUUCCUCUCUCGCCGUGUUUGGAGCGCCAUACAAGAGCAUCCAGUCUGAGGCGCGUAAACUCGCUGGAGAAACCCGGAGAUUUGGGCAAUCGCUUUGCAAAAUUGCGGCUGUCGGAAAGAGUGAAGAAAUCGAGCAGCGAGAGAGCAAAGGCAAAGGCCGACACGAUCAAUCAAUCCAGCUCAAAGAAAUUCGUUAAGAAAAUUGAGGUCACACAGAGGAUCUUAUCUCCGGAAAGGACGAUUGGCGUCCCAGUUAUCGAGUUGCCUAACGUUAUUGUACCGGAGAUGAGGGAACACUUCUCACCCGAUAGAUCAAUCGUGUCGCUCGACGGAAAUGAAAGAGACGUUGACGUCAAAAACGAUCAAUCCUUGGUGACUACCGAUGACAAGGUCAACGGCUGCACGAUCGAAGUCAUUCUAUCAUCAGCCAACGACAACGUUCAGAAGGUCCUGCAGAAGUUCAAGAACGAACUGGGCAGUAGAGAAAAUCUUCGUAGAAGAGUCAGCGACGCUAAUCCUGAAGAAUCGGAAAAUGAAGAGAGUCAGACCAAGAGUAGAAAAUCAUCCCAGAGUAAUUCAGUCGUCACCAAGACCAGCUCUACCUCAAGAUCAUCGAGAAACGAACUCAGCCAAGAUGAUUCUCCAGCCAUCAAAUGCUUGAGGACCUUGGAGAGAUCUCCGUCGCCACCGGAAGAGAUCAAAAAGAGGCUGGCUGAAGUGAGGAGGCCAAGUCUAGAAAAAUUCGCAGCUGCUCAAGUCCUGAAGGCACCUGCCGACAUUACUGCUUUGCGCGGAGCACGGGUUGUCCUGCGAGCCACUUACAAAGGUCAUCCGGAGCCUAGGGUCAGGUGGCUUCGGGCGGGCCGAGAGUUGACAGCCGACGACAAAAUUGGAAUAACCAGCGGCGGAGGAGUGUCCUGUCUAACUUUAGACAGCAUAACGGCCGAUCACGCUGGAAAAUACGCAGUCUCCCUAGAGAAUGCUUUGGGAAGGGAUUGCAGAUACGCCAGUGUAGCAGUCGAAGGUCCGCCGGAUCCUCCUGCAGGAAAUCCCACAGUGACUUCCGGUAUUGGUACUGCUACAGUGACCUGGAGGUCACCACCCUACGACGGAGGCUGCAUGGUCACCGGAUACUCCGUUGAGAUGCGUCGCGCCGAAGAGGAGACCUGGACAGUCGUCGCCGAGGCUUGUCAUUCCUUGAGUCACACUAUCGACGGGCUACUUCCGGAAGAGAGAUACAGCUUCCGGAUCAGAGCUGAGAAUAUUCAUGGAGCCAGCGAUCCUGGCGCAGAGUCCAAUCUUGUUACGAUUCUCGAAGAUGUUGAUCAAUUCAAACCUGCAUUCGAACCGCGUGAAGUUUCUUUGGAGGAUGGAUCGCUGUUCAAGGAACGCUACGAUGUCCUGGAGGAACUCGGGAAGGGUCGUUAUGGAAUCGUGAGGAAGGUCACGGAACACUCGACGGGACAGCAUCUGGCAGCCAAGUUCAUCAGGACUAUCAAGCUCAAGGAUCGCCAACAAGUUUACGAGGAAAUCAGAAUAAUGAAUUUACUUAGGCAUCCGAAGUUGCUGCAACUUGCCGCGGCAUUCGAAGGUCCCAGAGAAAUCGUCAUGGUGAUGGAAUAUAUAUCCGGGGGUGAACUUUUCACAAGGGUUGUCGCUGACGAUUUCACCCUUACCGAGAGGGACAGUAUAUUGUUCAUGAAGCAAAUCUGCGAAGGAGUAGAAUAUAUGCAUGAGAACAAAGUCGUCCAUCUUGACCUGAAGCCCGAGAAUAUAAUGUGUCACACGAGAACGUCGCAUCAGAUAAAACUGAUUGACUUCGGUUUAGCCCAAACGCUCAGACCGGACACACCGAUUCGCGUGCUUUUCGGGACUCCGGAAUUCAUUCCGCCGGAAAUCAUAAAUUAUGAACCAAUCGGCACCGAGUCGGAUAUGUGGAGCGUUGGUGUGAUCUGUUACGUUCUACUGACUGGUCUCUCGCCUUUUAUGGGUGACAAUGACGCCGAGACGUUCGCUAAUAUAACACGAGCCGACUAUGAUUUCGAUGACGAGGCCUUCGACGCCAUUUCUCAAGACGCCAAGGACUUCAUCAGUGCGUUACUCGAGAAACGAAAGGAACUACGCAUGUCAGCUAGUGAUUGCUUGAAGCAUCCCUGGAUGGCGCAGCAUACAGAAAACAUGAGCAGCGUUGCUCUUCCGACGGAGAAACUAAAGAAAUUCAUCAUUCGAAGAAAGUGGCAGAAAACAGGAAAUGCCAUUCGAGCUCUGGGGAGGAUGGCGAACCUAUCGGCCAAUAGCAGAAGGACAAGCUCUAUAACGGAUUCGCCACCCUCAACCCCACCCACAAGUUUACCUCCGUUGGAUAUUAUUAAUCAGGACAAUAUCCCUGCCGAAGUAUCAACUGUCAAGGAAAGUCACUCUGAGACUGAACCGGAAGGGAACAAGAAAGUGUUUGAAGAGAUCAGAGUUGAAGUAAUGAAAACGGAAGUGGAAUCGUUUGAAAAUGAUGAGAAUCUCAGGAGUAACGAUACUGAGGAAUUUACGGAAGAGAAUGAGAUAUGUAAAAAUGGGAAAGUGUUCAUCGAGGAGAAGGAAGUAUCGGUCAAUGGAGACGUUGAGGAUGAAGAAGCGAAAAAAAUUAAACUAUCGUUUGGUAACUGUCGCCUUAGUAAAAAAUCGAUUUUCCUCGACAAUGCGGAAAUAUCAGAAAAUAAUCUGAAGCAUGACUCUCUCGAUUCACCAGAAACGCACGAACAUGAGGUUGCAGAAAAUUUAGAGAAAGUUUCCGAAAAAUCUCACGAGGCUGUAGGCAACGAUUCUGAAUCAUUGGAAACCGAGGACAUAGCUGUUAAAGAAACUAACUCUGAGGAUUCCGGUUUGUCAGUGACCCAUCCCAGACUGAGCAAAUCCUCAGAGAUCAUAUCCGAAAAUCGUUCCAAAGAGUACCUGGACGUGAACAUAGAAUUCUGCAAUUUGAGUAAAUCCGAACCCGAGGAUAUUUACUUGUCGAACAACGACCUGGUGGAAGUGACGUCAUGCACCGAAACUAACAUCGAGGAGAUUUAUCCUUCGAGCGUAACUGAACCGGAAGACGAGGAACCCUCCAGGAGGAGCACCAGCGAAAUCAUCACCACGACCAUCAUCGAGGAAGUCAAUUUCAAUGGCUUCAAGGAUCCUAGUCUGAAAAGGACAAGAGUCUGCAGUGAACGAAGUGACUCCGGAAUAAGCGACUGUUCCAUCACGACCCCUUACUCCCAAGGUGGUGAACUCUCCAGUAUGACCAUCACCGAGGAAGACGUCGAAGGACAUCCCGGAAAGGAGGAUUUACUGAAAUCGGCAUUCGGCGUCAAACUUCGACCCACCAGGACCUCGCUCGAGUCUAACAAACCGCAAUUUGAUCGUGCUAACCCGAACGAGGCCAAAUCGACUUCAGGAUCCUUGAGGAUAACAAAGACACAAACCGAUGAAAGUAAGAGCCCAGGGCUGAGCAAAGGAAGAUUUGUCCAAACCGGAAGUGUCAGUCGGACCGCCAAGAUGUUCGAGAGAGAAGAGAUUUCACCAAUCAAAGAAAUUCCGACUUCCGUUCCCCGCGUGACGCCAACUGUGCCCGGAAAGCCCCACAGCGAGAGAAUUCAAAAAGCCUUCGCUUUUUGGAACAAGUGAAUUAAUUACAGCGAUGUCACACGUACAGGUCUAUCUCGCAAUUCGUUAAUGCGAAUCCGAGAAUAGAUCAAUUAUCCGCGCACCGGACAUUAGUUAAGUCUACUAAUCAUUCGUACGAGAAAACAUUAGCCGCUAGCCUAUUUAUAUAAUCAAUCGAUUAGCCUUUUAUCGUUACUAAUCGUCCGCUCGUAACGCACAAUGAAGCAAAAAUAAAGGGAAAACGUGUAUAAGUGAGGAAAUCGUGGGGAAAAAAAAAAAUAAAAAAAAAAAGCAAGAUAUUUUUUUUGGUUAUCCAAAGACUUUUUCGAAAGAUUUUAAUCUCUCGCGACUUUAUUGUAAAUAGAAAAUGUUAUUUCGUGAAUCCUAGAAGUCAUAAUGCUACAGUAAUACUGAUAUUUUGCUUAGUGACAGGAAGAUUUUACUCUACAUAUACAUACAUAUAUAUAUAUAUAUAGCACUAUACGAUAUAGAAUAUUUUAAUAUAUACAGCAGCAUCUACCAACGCGUACCGAUACCCUUACUCCACUCCUCUUCCGUAAUAUAUAAUUUGUGAAUCUUGCGAUUGUCCAGGCAAUAAUCUUUUAUUCAGGCGGAUACACGACGGCGCGGGUUACAGGAAGGAAUAAUGAUUUAUUGGACGUAACAUAAGGUUUUUACCAUGUGACAUAAUUCGUGCAUGUAAGAAAUAAAAAGUAUCAAUUUUAUUGAA